UUCAUGUUUCAAAUUUUGUAUUUCUCAUAUAUAUAUUUAUAUAUAUAUUCCCCUGAUUUUUGUAUUAUUGUAUUACUGUUCUUUAGUUCUGAGAAGUCGAAAAGUAGUUUGAUGUGUGCAUGUGUUAGCAUGGUUGGUUGUCUCUGUGACUGAACCGCUACUUUUGUAUUGUAAGUUGGAGCUGUGUUUAGGAGACUGCCUCAGUUCUUUGCAAGUAGAGCUUUUGAGGGGUUGACUCUGGCUUUAGUUGCCGCAAGAUUGAAUCUUUGAGGUUCGGCGAAGGGAAAUUAUCCAAAUGAGUACUAUGCUGUAUUAUUUUGAGUAGUGACUCGGUUUGAUUCCUGACAAUUUUAUGGUUAAAUAUAUUCUUCUUUAAAAAUAUGGAAGUUAUUUUAAUCCCUAGAGUCAUCUAUUUUCUUCCUGCUGAGAAGAGAAAGAACAUAUACGGCGUGUGACUGAUUAUUAUGGAUUAUGUGGGUUUUUAUAUGUUAUAUUUUUCAUGGAUUGAUGUCUCACCCCUUUUAAGGAUCAUCCUCUCUCAGCCUUAUGGGGGAUGAAUUUCGAUUAAAGAAUGGCGCAAGAUAUUGGUACUCCACCAGUUCCUUUUGAUUUUGAACUCUUGGUUGGUGAUCCUGAGAACCUUAGAACUGUCAAAGCCUCAUCCAGCAGCACGGACCCAUGGAUUGAACCUGAAAGGCUGAAACUUAGACACAGAAUUGGUAGAGGCAUCUUUGGUGAUGUUUGGUUAGCAACUCAUCAUCAGUCAACUGAAGAUUAUGAUGAGUAUCAUGAAGUUGCUGCAAAGAUGCUACCCCCUAUCAGAGAGGAACAUAUGAAGACUGCAUUAGAGAAAUUUUUUGAGUUAUAUUUUCAGUGCCAAGGAGCGGCUAGGGUGUUUUGGCUACUUGGGAUUUCAAUUUUAAAUGGAAGGAUAUGCAUCAUUAUGAAUUUUUAUGAGGGAUCGGUUGGUGAUAAGAUGGCUAGACUCAGAGAGGGAAGGAUUUCAUUGCCUGAUGUUCUUAGGUAUGGUAUCGAUCUGGCUCAAGGUAUUCUUGAACUUCACUCAAAAGGGAUCCUAGUUCUCAACCUUAAACCAUCCAACGUGCUUCUCAAAGAUACUGAUCAAGCAAUACUGGGAGAUGUUGGUAUUCCAAAUAUUCUCUUUGGUUCCUCAUUCCUAAGCUCAGAUACUGCCAAUAGGCUUGGUACUCCAAAUUACAUGGCUCCAGAACAAUGGCAACCAGAAGUCAGAGGCCCUGUAUCCUUUGAAACAGAUUCAUGGGGGUUUGGGUGUACUAUUGUGGAAAUGUUGGUUGGUAACCAACCUUGGUAUGGGUGUCCUGUUGGUGAAGUAUAUCGAUCAGUUGUUGAAAAUUAUGAAAAACCCCAGAUUCCUGGUGGCCUUCCUUCUUCAGUUGAAAAUGUCCUCAGUGGCUGCUUUGAAUAUGACUUGAGGAAUCGCCCUUCAAUGGUAGAUAUUCUGUCUGUCUUUAGAAGCGCACGGAAUGCAAUGGUCAACGAUGGAGGAUGGAGAUAUCUUGGAAUUCACAAAACAUUAGAAAAAUCAAGUAGCACGGGCUACACACAGUGGUCCCUCUCAAAGGAUCAUCUUCAGGUGGGCGAUACCGUGCGCUCUAGAAAGCCUUCCAAUUCAUGCAAUCCACAGAACAUGGAGGUCCCAGAAGGAAAUGUUGUCGGCAAUGCAGAUCAUGGAUUUGUUUUAGUGAGGCUCCAUGGAGUUCAUGACCCUGUAAGGAUUCAUGCGUCAACUCUUGAACGUGUCACCAAUGGUUUAGGAGCCGGGGAUUGGGUGCGCAUUAAGGAAGAAGAUGAUAAACACUCGCCAGUGGGUAUUCUUCAUUCUAUCAAUCGUGAGGGCAGAGUGACUGUUGGAUUUAUAGGCCUACGAACUCUUUGGAAAGGAAACUGUUCAGAACUUGAAAUGGCAGAGUCUUACUGUGUGGGGCAAUUUAUUAGGCUGAAACCCAAUGUUCUAAGUCCCCGGUUUGAAUGGUUGCGUAGAAGGGGAGGUACCUGGGCUACUGCUAAGAUUUCUUGGAUCCUACCAAAUGGAUGUCUGGUUGUCAAGUUCCCUGGCAUGUUGAACAUCUGGAAUGCACCAAACACUUAUUUGGCUGAUCCCUCUGAGGUUGAUGUGGUUAGUUUUAAGAAUUGUCCAAAUAUGAUAGAAAAGUAUCAACAUGUUGAGGAUCACCACUGGGCAAUUAGACCUGUUCUAAUUGCAUUUGGCCUUCUUAGCACUGUUAAACUAGGGAUUUCAGUUGGAAAAAAAAUUGGCAGGAACAUGAAUGUGAAUGCAAUGGAGAAUGAAAAUCAUUAUACUGAUAGCCAGAAUGCUAGCAGCCCUACAUCUACAUGGAAAUCUUCAGUAGCUAACAUCCUUUUCAGAGAAGGUAGUUAACAUGUCCACUGGGCGGUAGUUUUACCCCUUCAAUCUCAAUAUUAUUUCAUCAGCUGUUCUGCCAUGUUGCUGUUUGACAAACAUGUCACAUGAGAAUUGUAAUUAUGUAUAGAUGCCAACACUGAAUGUAAAAAUUGUACAAAUGCCUUACAAACAAAAAUAGCCAGCUAUGUUCAUACUUAGUUUCCACAAAUGCUGACCAUAAUGAACACUGGAAAAUUCAUGAUAUACUUGUCCCUGAAGCAUUGUUUGACUGGAUUGUACCGUUGAAGUUGUGAAGUAUGUUGAUAAAUGCUUGUAAGAAACUCUCGUAUACACUCUAAACACGUUCACUAAAAUUUCCAUUAAGGUAUUGCUUUC